UCCACACACACCACCACCACUCCAUCCCUUCCUCUCCUCUCCUCUCCAUAUGCAAGCAAACUAUUAAGCAUCCAUCACCAACCUUCCUCCUUCCACCACCUUGUAUUCUCCUCCCUCCCUCCCCUCUCCUUGUUUCUCACGUCGCUCCCACGCCCAUCGAUCCAUGGGGGAGGACGCCGGCGAUGGCUACGGCACGCCACCGGCCGCGCUUGCGGCCAUCGUCGUCAAGGGCAAGCGCAGCAAGCGGCGCCGCGUGCACGCGGCCGCCGAGGCCGAGGUGACCGCGGUCACCACGGCCAGCGCCGCGGGAGAGGUGGCGUCGUCCUCCUCCUCGGUGGCGGACGGUGGCGGGUGGCGGUCUGGCGCGGACGAGGCGGCCUCCGGGUGCGUCACCGAGGAGGAGGAGGACAUGGCGCUCUGCCUCAUGCUCCUCGCGCGCGGCGGUGGCGGCCAGGGAAGCCGGGCCGGGCCGUCGUCCUCCUCCUCGUCGGUGGUGGUGAGGGACGACGUCGCGGUGGCCACGGCGAGGGAGGGCAAGUUCCGGAGCCGGCGCCCGGCGGACGGCGGCGAGGGGGAGUUCGUGUACGAGUGCCGGACGUGCGGCAAGUGCUUCCCGUCCUUCCAGGCGCUCGGCGGGCACCGCACCAGCCACAAGAAGCCGCGCCUCCCGCUUCCGCUCCCGCCCACCACGGCCACGACGGCGUCGUCCGAGGAGAAGAUGAAGCUGCCGCCGCAGGCCGCCGAGGAGAAGACGCCACCGCCGUCGCCGGCCGCUGCCGUUGAUCGGACGGUGCUGGCGAUCCCGGUCCCGGCGACGCCGCCCAAGCAAGAAGCUACGGCGACCGGCGUGUCGUCCAAGCAGCAGGGGCAGGGGAGGGUGCACGAGUGCUCCAUCUGCGGCGCGGAGUUCGGGUCCGGGCAGGCGCUGGGCGGGCACAUGCGGCGGCACCGCCCGCUCCUGCCGGCGUCGGCGUCCGUCUCUUCCACGGACGACGUGGCGGCGGUGCUGGUGAUCAGGAAGGAGAAGAGCCUCCUGGAGCUGGAUCUCAACAUGCCGGCGCCCUGCGACGACGCCGCGACCGCGACAUCGCCGGGCUCCUUCACGUUCGCCGUGAAGGAGCGGCCGUCUGUGCCGGCGGCGCUGCUGCCGUUCCGGGCGCCGGCGUCGGCCCUGGUGGACUGCCAUUUCUAGGCGGCGAUCAACGCACAGACAGACAAAAGGCCAAAAACCGUGUAUUAAGUUGCACAAACUCUUACAAUAACAUCCUUACGGGAAUUGGAAAAUAUAUCCAAAUCCUUCCCAGCAUGAUUUACUGGUAGCCUGGUGGACCAAGCCCGGUGCGGCGGAACCGGCAUCGGCGAGGAAGGCGGUGGACUCUUUGUUCAUGCUCGUCAUGCAUAGGAUCUGGAAGGAGCGUAAUAGUAGCUAGGGUCUUCGAUAACGUCUCGGCCGCGAUUUCGGCGAUUGUAGCAGGCACUGUGAGUGAGUGGAGGUUGUGGCUACUGGUGUGGCAACAGAAGGACCGUGGAAUAGUGGGUCGUCGCGAGUAGAUAGCUCUGUAGAACACUGGUGGAGUGGGGUUGGCUUGCCUCUGUUGCGGAGGUAUUGUAAUUUUCGCACAUCUUCUUCUCCUUCUUAAUGAUAUGACGCGCA